AUGAUGGUGGCAGAGCUGAAACUGCUUCUCCCACUAACAAGGAUCCUGUCAGCCCUGAUGGGCUUGAACCUGCUGGGCCUGGCGAUGGUCUCCCCUGUAGGUGCCUCAGAGGAGCUGGGGACCCUGGCCCUGCUGAGCAGUAUGGAGGAGGCCAAGCAGCUGGUGGACACAGCCUACAAGCAGACCCGGGAAAGCAUCAGGCAGCGACUGCGGAGCGGGACGGCCCGGCCCGUGGACCUACUGGCCCAUUUCAAGCAGCCGGUGGCCAGAACCCGUACGGCCACGCGGGCGGCUGACUAUCUGCACGUCGCCCUGAGCCUGCUGCAGGAGAAGUUCCGGGCAACACGGAGGGGGCCCUUCAACAUCACUGACGUGCUGAGCCCGCCCCAGCUGCAGCUACUGUCCAAGGCGAGUGGCUGUGCCUAUCAGGGCUUGGGGGUGAACUGUGAUGACAACAACAAGUACCGCACCAUCACUGGCGACUGCAACAACAGGAGGAGCUUCACACUGGGGGCGUCCAACCGGGCCUUGGCCAGGUGGCUGCCUGCUGAGUAUGAGGAUGGCGUCUCCCUACCCUAUGGAUGGACGGCCGGGAAGAAGCGGAACGGCUUCCCUGUCCCCUUGGCCCGUGCCGUGUCCAACCAGAUCGUACGCUUCCCCAACGACAUGCUGACCCCGGACCAGGAGCGGGCCCUCAUGUUUAUGCAGUGGGGCCAGUUCAUCGACCAUGACCUGGACUUCACCCCUGAGCCAGCUGCCCGCCUCACUUUUGCUCAAGGCCUGGACUGCGAUCACACCUGUGUCCAACAACCACCCUGCUUUCCCCUCAAGAUCCCACCCAACGACCCCCGGAUCUCCAACCAGAACGACUGCAUCCCCUUCUUCCGCUCCUCACCGGCCUGCCCCUCGGGCAACAUCACCAUCCGGGACCAGAUCAAUGCGCUGACCUCUUUCCUGGAUGCCAGCAUGGUGUACGGCAGUGAGGACGCCCUGGCCGCCAGGCUGAGGAACCAGUCCAACCAGCUGGGCCUCCUGGCCGUCAACACCCGCUUCCAUGACUCUGGCCGGAGCCUCCUGCCCUUCGACAACCUCUCUGACGACCCCUGCCUCCUCACCAAUCGCUCCCAGGACAUCCCUUGCUUCCUGGCAGGGGACACCCGGUCCAGUGAGAUGCCCGAACUGACCUCCAUGCACACGCUUUUCCUGAGGGAGCACAACCGACUGGCCACGGAGCUGCGGCGUCUCAACCCCCAGUGGGGUGGGGAACGGCUGUACCAGGAGGCCCGGAAGAUCGUGGGGGCCAUGAUCCAGAUCAUCACCUACCGAGAUUAUCUCCCUCUGGUGCUGGGCAAGUCCGGGAUGAGAAAGUACCUGCCCCGCUACCGGGGCUACAACGAGUCCGUGGACCCCCGCAUUGCCAAUGUCUUCACCAAUGCCUUCCGCUUUGGCCAUACCCUGAUCCAGCCCUUCAUGUUCCGCCUAGACAGCCGCUACCAGCCGGCCAGUCCCGAACCCCAGGUCCCCCUCAGCAGGGUGUUCUUCGCCACAUGGAGAGUGGUACAACAGGGUGGCAUCGACCCCAUCCUCCGCGGCCUCAUGGCCACCCCGGCCAAGCUGAACCGGCAGAAUCAGAUUGUGGUGGAUGAGAUCCGGGAGCGGCUGUUUCUCCAAGUCCGCAGGAUCGGGCUGGACCUCCCGGCCCUGAACAUGCAGCGCAGCAGGGACCAUGGGCUUCCGGGGUACAAUGCCUGGAGACAGUUCUGUGGGCUCCCAAAGCCCCGCACGGAAGGGGAGCUCACCACGGUGUUGAGGAACCAGGAGCUUGCCCGGAAGCUGAUAGCCCAGUAUGGCAGCCCGGACAACAUCGACAUCUGGAUGGGAGGUGUGGCGGAGCCCCUGGAGCCCGGCGGUAGGACGGGGUCCCUCCUGGCCUGCCUCAUCGGGACCCAAUUCAGGAAGCUCCGGGAUGGAGAUCGAUUCUGGUGGGAGAACGAAGCUGUGUUCUCCUCCCAGCAACGCCAGGCCCUGGCUAAUAUCUCCCUGUCCCGAGUCAUCUGUGACAACACGGGCAUCACAUCUGUCGCCAAGACCAUCUUCAAAGCCAACAGGCAUCCUCAGGGUUUUGUAAACUGCAGUUCACUCCCCGUCCUGAAUCUGUCUGCCUGGGGAGAGAAGAACUAGAAACUGGGAGCUCAUCCUGCCUUGGGUCGGAGGGAGUUCCAGAGCCCAGAGACUCCCCCUCCCACCAGAAGCCCUCCUGCCGCUGAUGCUUUCACAGGUUGCACCCCUGGCAGCCAGGCCAGCCCACAGUCAAGCCCCCUCUGGGGCAAGGACUGUUGGUAGUUCGGUGCCCUCUUUACUGCAAAGGCUGCGGGUGGGGAUUUGGCCUUUGGUAGUCAAGGCGGCCUUUGGGGCGGAGCAGGAUGGAAGCUGCCACUGGACUGCUGAUCCCCCUCAAUCCCCAUAUUGGAGAAGUCGACUCUUUGCCCCCGUGUCCCUCCCUCUGGGAGAGCUGGCCAUGGCGGGGGCAACCCCAGCCCCAUCUCAGGCACGGAAACAGCACAACCUGGCACAGCUGGUCAGGUCUGGGCCACUACUCCCAUCCAAUGCCACUGCCAAUAAAGUGUU